CGGCCCUUUGUGCCGCACAUCCCCUUUGAUUUCUAUGUCUGCGAAAUGGCUUUUCCACGUGUAAAACCCGCUGCCGAUGAGACUGCCUUCAGUGAAGCCCUGCUGAAGAGAAACCAGGAUCUUGCUCCGACCGCUGCUGAACAGGCUUCCAUUCUUUCUCUGGUGACCAAAAUAAACAACGUGAUCGACAAUUUAAUUGUAGCACCGGGAACAUUCGAAGUGCAAAUUGAGGAGGUUCGUCAGGUGGGUUCCUACAAGAAGGGCACCAUGACGACGGGGCACAACGUGGCCGAUCUGGUUGUGAUUCUGAAAAUCUUACCCACCCUGGAAGCUGUGGCGGCCUUGGGAAACAAAGUCGUGGAAAGCCUGAGGGCGCAGGACCCCAGCGAAGUCCUGACCAUGCUGACCAACGAAACCGGCUUUGAGAUCAGCUCGGCCGAUGCGACGGUGAAGAUCCUUAUCACCACGGUGCCGCCCAAUCUCCGCAAGCUGGACCCCGAACUACACCUGGACAUCAAAGUGCUGCAAAGCGCCCUGGCUGCCAUCAGACACGCUCGCUGGUUCGAGGAGAAUGCUUCGCAGUCCACGGUGAAGGUUUUAAUCCGGCUGCUGAAAGACCUGAGGAUUCGGUUCCCUGGCUUCGAACCCCUCACACCCUGGAUUCUGGACCUGCUGGGGCACUACGCCGUGAUGAACAACCCCACCAGGCAGCCCCUGGCUCUCAACAUCGCCUACAGGCGCUGCCUUCAGAUUCUGGCCGCGGGGCUCUUCCUCCCUGGAUCUGUGGGUAUCACCGAUCCCUGCGAGAGUGGAAACUUCAGAGUCCACACGGUUAUGACCCUUGAACAGCAGGACAUGGUGUGCUACACCGCGCAGACGCUCGUCCGGAUCCUCUCUCACGGAGGCUACAGGAAAAUCCUCGGCCAAGAGGGCGACGCCAGCUACCUGGCUUCUGAAAUGUCUACGUGGGAUGGAGUGAUAGUGACACCUUCUGAGAAAGCUUAUGAGAAGCCUCCAGAGAAGAAAGAAGGAGAAGAGGAAGAAGAAAAUCAGGAAGAACCCGCUACAGGCGAGGAG